ACCCUUGCCUGAGCUCUGUGCUUCGGUGGCGGCGGGAGGGUGACGGCGAGUGGUGUUGAAGGGACAGCUCCGGGUGGCUGCUUCCAAGAGAGAGACAAAAUCUGCAGAUAGCAUCGGGGCAGGGCGACUUCACCUUCAGGGGAAGAGCUCUCCGACCCCCAUCGGUCUCGGCUCCAGCCGCGGCCAGGCGCUCUGCUCGCUCCCGGUGGGGUCGGGCAGCGCCGGCUGGACCCGCCCCGAGCUCCAUGGUCUGCCCAACCCUGCGCGAUGGGGACUCUGGGCGCGGAGGCUGGCGACCCGCAAACCCGCAGCUCGCAGAAUGAACGCGGGCAGCGCGGCCGGCGGCCGACUGGGGCUGUCUGCCCGACCCCAGCGCCCGGAGAAGCGGCCCAACCACCUGAACCCCGAAAACACCAACAAGUAGUUUCUCGUCGGAGAAGGGUGGCUCAGCUGGGCGCCAAGAUUCAGUCCGGCUGCCCGGAGAACAUCGUCCGCUUGGACACCAAAAGCACAGCCACUUUUCUCUCGGUCUUCUUAAGUCAUGUCUGAGCCACAGAGAUGGGCAAGAUCCAGAGCAACGAGAGGGUGAUCCUCAACGUCGGGGGCACCCGGCACGAAACCUACCGCAGCACCCUCAAGACCCUGCCCGGAACACGCCUGGCCCUUCUCGCCGCCUCCGAGCCCCAGGGCGACUGCCUGACCUCCACGGGCGACAAGCUGCAGCAGUCGCCCCCUCCGCUGUCGCCGCCGCGGCGGGCGCCCCCGCUGUCCCCCGGCCCUGGCGGCUGCUUCGAGGGCGGCGCCGGCAACUGCGGCUCCCACGGUGGCGGUGGCGGCGGCGGCGACCACCCCGGGGGCGGCCGCGAGUUCUUCUUUGACCGGCACCCGGGCGUCUUCGCCUACGUGCUCAACUACUACCGCACCGGCAAGCUGCACUGCCCCGCCGACGUGUGCGGGCCGCUCUUUGAGGAGGAGCUGGCCUUCUGGGGCAUCGACGAGACCGACGUGGAGCCCUGCUGCUGGAUGACCUACCGGCAGCACCGCGACGCCGAGGAGGCCCUGGACAUUUUCGAGACCCCCGACCUCAUCGGAGGCAGCGCUGACGACGACGAGGACCUGGCGGCCAAGAGGCUGGGCAUUGAGGACGCAGCGGGGCUGGGGGGCCCUGAUGGCAAGUCUGGCCGCUGGAGGAGGCUGCAGCCCCGCAUGUGGGCCCUCUUCGAAGACCCCUACUCGUCCAGAGCAGCCAGGUUUAUUGCUUUUGCUUCUUUAUUCUUCAUUCUGGUUUCCAUCACAACUUUCUGCCUGGAGACACACGAAGCUUUCAAUAUUGUUAAAAACAAGACAGAACCAGUCAUCAAUGGCACAAGCGCUGUUCUGCAGUACGAAAUUGAAACAGAUCCUGCCUUGACCUACGUGGAAGGAGUGUGUGUGGUGUGGUUUACUUUUGAAUUUUUAGUCCGUAUUGUUUUCUCACCCAAUAAACUUGAAUUCAUCAAAAAUCUCUUGAAUAUCAUCGACUUCGUGGCCAUCCUGCCCUUCUACUUGGAGGUGGGACUCAGCGGGCUGUCAUCCAAAGCUGCUAAGGAUGUGCUGGGCUUCCUCCGGGUGGUGAGGUUCGUGCGGAUCCUGAGAAUCUUCAAGCUCACCCGCCACUUCGUGGGCCUGAGGGUGCUCGGACACACCCUCCGAGCGAGCACCAACGAAUUUCUGCUGCUGAUCAUCUUUCUGGCUCUAGGAGUUUUGAUAUUCGCCACCAUGAUCUACUACGCCGAGAGAGUGGGUGCUCAGCCCAACGACCCUUCGGCCAGCGAGCACACACAGUUCAAAAACAUUCCCAUCGGGUUCUGGUGGGCAGUGGUGACCAUGACGACCCUGGGGUACGGGGACAUGUACCCCCAAACGUGGUCAGGGAUGCUCGUGGGAGCCCUGUGUGCCCUGGCUGGCGUGCUGACCAUAGCCAUGCCCGUGCCUGUCAUCGUCAACAAUUUCGGAAUGUACUACUCGUUGGCGAUGGCGAAGCAGAAACUUCCGAGAAAAAGAAAGAAGCACAUCCCUCCUGCCCCCCAGGCCAGCUCACCUCCCUUCUGCAAGACAGAAUUAAACACGGCCUGCAAUAGUACCCAGGCCGACGUGUGUCCGGGCAAAGACAAUCGGCUUCUGGAGCAUAACAGAUCAGUGUUAUCAGGUGACGACAGUACAGGAAGUGAGCCGCCAUUAUCACCCCCAGAAAGGCUCCCCAUCAGACGCUCUAGUACCCGAGACAAAAACAGAAGAGGGGAAACAUGUUUCCUACUGACGACAGGUGAUUACACGUGUGCUUCUGAUGGAGGGAUCAGGAAAGGGAUUAGAAAUGGGCAUUCCAUUCUACAUCACCUGGAUAAUGGCAUCAAAGCCAUUAUUUAAGAAUCAUCCUUUUAACACUAUAAAGCUGGAAGAUUAAAUAUGCUGGAAAAAGAGCUGUCAACUUAAACUUAAGCAUGCCUUAUGAGCUUAGUAAAUAAUAAACAAUGAAAAGAGAAAAAUUGCUGACUGAUUUUUCUUUUUUUCAGAAACACAUCUUAAAAUUUAAACCUAUUAGUUAAUCUUAUAUCUUACUUAAGUUGCUUUGCCUAAUUCUUGAAAGAGUUCUAGUAAAAUAUAUGCCAAAAUUAUAUUAACACUAAUCUGGGAAGGAAUGGAUUUUGAAAUAUUAUGAUUGUAAUUCAUGAUAACUGUUUUAUUCUUUUGGGAAUGACAACUACAGUGAGCUUCCUUUUUUUUAGAGUUAUAAAUUGUUUCAAUAUUGAAUUCUUUGUAAACAAAUUCUUUGAGUUUGAAAAUAGCACUUUGUUUGUCUGUGUCUAUUUUCUGGUUAAAUUCAACUGAUGUCUGUGCAUUUUUUCAUAAAAGGAUAUGAAAAAUCUCGAAGCUUAAACAACAUAGCGGGCUUGGCAGGCAAUGCUCUGAGGCUCUCUCCAGUAACAUCACCCUACAACUCUCCUUGUCCUCUGAGGCGCUCUCGAUCUCCCAUCCCAUCUAUCUUGUAAACCAAACUGCAUCAGUCGGCUAAAUUGUAUAAAGUCAAGUACUGUUUACCCCUAUCAUGGAAAUAAUUAAACGUAGAGUUGCUCCAGGUUCCAUUAAUACAGUAUAAAUCUUGCAUGGUAUUACUAUUUGAAGUCAGAAAAGCCACUUGGGUAGCUAAUGAAUCUUAUCCAGGCUUUAACAUUUAUCUAAAGUAGUGUUACACUUCUCUAUAUUAAUUUCCCUGACUUCCUUUUGCAAUAAAAUCACAGAUAGUGUCAGACAAUGGCCAGUACACUAAUACAUAAAACAUAUCUUCAGGGAGAUAUAUUUAAAACAGUGUGCUUCUAAAUGCCAAUCACUUCAUUGGAACUUCAUUUUGUUGUGACUCUAAUCAUUCUGAAGAUGUCUGGGAUUCUAUCUUGAUUUCAUACAACAUGACUUUGGUCAGCUCAUUUGCAUGGACCAUCUCGUGUCUAUCACCUGAAAGCAAUGUUGCCGAGCUCGGGGACUGUGGAUAGCUCAGGAUACGUGUACUUGCAUCGACCCAUCCUGCUGAUAUAAAUGCACUGGUCUACUGUUCUGCAUGCUGAUUUGUGGGGUGGGUGAGAUGGGGGUGAGUUUCUUCCUUGACAUUUUUUUUCUUUAUUCUUUGAAAGAAAUAUUGUUUUAAAUAGUUAACUUUCUUGAUUGACUUACUUUUCUUUGAAAAUGAUGUAUUGGAGUUCUGAAUGUCUCUGGUUGUUUGCACACAGAUAACUGCAAAGAGGUUGUCAUUACUGGUUACACGCAAGCUGAGGCCAGAUCUCUUACUUAAUGACUUGGGGAAGGCACAAAACAUGAGAGAAAGGUAACUGCCAGCCAGGCUUGCAUUGUCUAGCCAGGAAUUGCUGCUUGGUACUAGAGUCAAUUUUUUUUUUUUUUUUAAUCCUAGGGUUUGUCAUCAUUUUCAAAGGCAGGGUGCCAAAUAUCACCCAAAGCUCUCCUGUCUUUUUGGUUCCCUUUCCUUUAUUUUUAUUUUUUUUGUGUGUGUGUGCAGACAUCAAAGGUCAUGGGUGUUCACACAGGAGGCUUUUUUGACUAGCCUUAAAUUUCUGAAUCAAAGGAUUAGUAGGAUUUUCAGGCAGUGUUUAAUCAGGUGCUUUGUCCUGUAUGUUGUUUCUGUCUGUCUGUCUUAGCUCCCCGUUUUAACUGUAUAUGCCAUCUGUCUCCAUGAAACACAGAAAUGCCUUGAUAAGGUGUUCAUGAUUUUAGUGCUGGGUCCCUCCCAAUUCUUGCCUCCUGCCUUCUUUGCAAUUUGGAGCAGCCUCUCUGCUUUGUGUACAAAUUAAUGACGCCCCAUAGUCCACCUAAGUUAAUCAGCACUGAAUCUUUUUGUUAAGCAGGACUUAAACAGCAAUUUUACCAUUGCACUUGGCUGCUGCUGCGGUGUCUGUUUUUACUACCUAGCAACCAGCAUUCAUUACUACACUCCAGCGAAAUCCCCAGGGAGUCUUACUCAGUCUGAGUGGAAGAGAAGUCUGUUUCUGCAUCCCUGUGUGUAUUGAGCAUGGGAGGGAAGAAAAAUGCCAUAUUAUAAAUGGAAGGAUAAAAAGUAUUUCUAAAGCAUUCAGGAUCUUUCAGACUGUUGAUUAAUUCCUAAUUCUCAUGUUUAUUUUUUCAAGUUAGGGAGACAAAAGUCACUUUUGUUAUUGGCCACAAAAUGUGUAUUAAUUACUUUAUAUCUCCAAGUCCUAGAGCAUGACCUGCAUGUAAGAGAUCUUGUACAGCAAUGUAUUCACCCAGACGUAAAUAUCUGAUACUUAGAGACACAGCGAUACUUUUGAUAAGACCACACAUAGAAUAUUAUAAUUACACACACAUUUAUGGUAAAGGAAUUAAUAUGCUGUCUGGUGCUGCUGUUAUUGACUACAGUGUUGUACAGAAUUUAUCAUGGAUUUUUGGCUGCUGAGAAAGGGACAGUGGAAAUUAGCCAUGCCAAGGACUAUACUGGAAACAGACUUCUGCUGCUGAAUGUGCCCUGAUGUGACCAGUUUGCACUUGGAAGAGAGCCCCGUGUCUUCAGGAGGCAUUGAAAGCUUAUAACAGAAAAGUGGCUAGAACUCAUCUGGUGCUCCCCAUGAGAGGUCUGCUUGUCACCGGCCAGUAUCUAUAAAACAACUGUAAAUACCGACACACACGAGUGCAUGGGUCAGUGGCUUUGGCCAUCUCACAUCAACGAAAGCCAAAUUCAUGAGCAACAUCUCUGAAGCUUCAAGCAAGGCCCAUGAUGUCUUUGAAUUACCCCUCAUGGGCCCACAAUAGGUUGUGCUGUGAAUUAUGUAAGGCAGUGAUACUGAUGUAGUAUAGGUCUGUCUUAAUUCCCUUAUUCCUAUUUUGUUGGUUGAAUCUAUGAACAUUGUAUCAUUUUCUUAUAAACCACUUGUGUUAUCAGCUUGUCAAUUACAUUGUGAAUUUUUAGCUGUCUGUUUAUUAAAAUUGACAUGUUUUUUAGUCACAUAUUCAUUUAGUUUGGGGAAAUUGUUGUGGCUUAAGUGAAACUCACCAACGCUAUUCAUAGUUUAAGUCUUCUGUCAUUAUUACCUCAAUUAUAAAUAUUAUAAGAAUAAAAUUCUGGCAAUGAGAGUAUUUUUUUAUUAAAUGAUUAAGGCGCAAUGUCAGUAUAUAGAAUAUUAAUCAAAUUAUAUCUUAAAAUGUAUAUUUUGCAUAAAAGAGAUAUUCUUUAAUCAAUUACUUUUUUGUGAGUUUUGUGUCAAAGGAAGCUUGUAUGUCUUUAAAACUGUUGUAGUUGAAAGUAUAUAAGAAUUUUUCAUCUUGCUUAAUCAAUAUUUCCAGAAUGUAUAAAUUCCCCUGGGAUUCUGAAUAUAACAUGUAACCUAACUAUGAAACCCUGUGUUGUGGACCUUUUGUGAACAUUUCAAGGUGCAUGCACAACCUUGGUGAUAACCGAUGAUAAUGUAACAACUGAAAUGAAGAAUAAAAGGCAAAUGAGCUGGGGAUAAACUUGAAUCCCAUCUGAUUAAAUUAUUC